AUCUCCAAGUGUAAACGCUCCCAAAAAUUUGAAUUCAUCCAGCGCCAAACUAUCUUCUUCUUCUUCACCUCUCUUUCACACAAACCCAGAAAAUGCUCUCUCAGUCCUAAAAUUCAAGCUUUAAUCUCUCCAAGAAUCAAACUUUAACAACCCCAACAAUGUCUUUUAUUAAGCCAACAUCUCGCUAUGCUAAAACUUCUUUUGAUUCUUCAAGAUCUUCAACUAAAUCUGACCCUUCUUCUUCUACAGACAAAGCUUUAAUCAAAAUCAAGAAAGGUUCAAAUGGGGUUACUCAAACUACCCAUCAAUCCAAUUUCAGCUCAAUGGUCAAGAAAUUUGUUGAACACAAAUCUGCUUCUUCUAAAUUGAUGAAGCAGCAGCAGCAGCAGAAAAAGGGUGAUUUGAAAUUGGUUAUUCCUGUGGAUUUUAUAGCUGAAGAUUUGAAGAAAACAGCGAAAAGAGGCAGUGGUUUGAGUUCUCUGCAUAAAAAAUUGUUUAAAGGUUCUUCUUCUGGUGGUGGUGUGAAAAAAGAGGAAGGAAGCGCGAUGAAGGCGUUAACGGAGGUUAAGGGUAAUACGAGGACAUUAGGAAUGGUUCUUAGAAGUGAGAGGGAGCUGUUAAGUAUGAAUAAGGAGCAGGAGGAUCAGAUUGUUGAGCUUAAGCUGAUGCUCGAGGAGAAGAAUCGAGAGGUUGAGAAGCUUAAGGAUUUGUGCUUAAAGCAAAGGGAAGAGAUAAAGUCACUGAAAAAUUCCAUACUGUUCCCGGAUGUUAUGAACUAUCAAGUUCAGGAUCUUUUGGAAAAGCAAGGUUCAGAACUCAAACAGGCAAAGCAGCUUAUACCAAAUCUUCAAAGGCAGGUCACUUCUCUUACUGGGCAACUACAAUGCCUAGCUGAAGAUCUCGCUGAGGUCAAAGCAGAUAAAUAUGCUAUACGAGGGAGCUAUGACUCUUUUGGUAGCCCUCCAGAAUAUGAUCAAGAAGAAGCAGCUAAUUCUCUGGAAUUCAGCUCUGAGGAUCACACAAUUCCCGGUAGUCCAGAUGACAUGUUUCUCAAGGAUGUAAACCCCUGCUUAACACCUUAUUACGCCAAGACAAAGUCCAAGGAAUUUGAUGACUUCAAUUCUCCUGAUGCUAAAGAUUUGGUUAAAAACAACAUUCAAGUGUAUCAUGAGACAAGCUACAAUUCCUGUGCAAGGAAGCUGUCGAAAAGUUCAGAUUGUCGCCAAUGUUCCAAUACAGGCAACAAAGCAACUCGGGCAGCUCGUAGGUCUGAUGAAAGCAAAUGUACUUAUGGAAGGCAGGUUCACAAUAAGUUCUACUGAGUUGUGCUCAAUCCUGACAAUGCUUCUUGAGCGUCACAACGCCUUAAAUCCAAUAUAGCUUGCCCGUUGACAACAUUCUUAGUGUCAAUUCCUGUUCCAUUCUCUCCUUUUCGAUGUAUUUUUCAGAAAAUCAAUCUGCCUGAGUUGCCUAGACCAAGUAUGUAAUCAGCAUACAUUUUGUUGGUAUGAUCUCUUAAUAAGAUGCACGUUUGGAGGCUAAAUUGUGUUUUUAAGAUUGUAUUUC